AUGCACGAAGUCAUGACUGUUCCGACUCCCGCAACACAGUCGACCAAGAAGGCUGUUAGUGUUCAAGAGAGAAAGUACAAGUGCGCUUACUGCUCAAGAGCAUUUAGUAGGUCGGAACAUAGAAGCAGACACGAGAGAUCACAUACGAAAGAGCGACCAUUCAAGUGUCUCAAGUGCCGAAGCACCUUCGUAAGACGAGAUCUCCUCCUCCGACACGACCGAACAGUCCAUGCCAAAGAUGGGGGUGUGCCCUUGCACAGUGAGGUUAAGAGGAGGUCUACAAAGAACUCGGCCUCGGCUGGCCCAACAAAACCUUCAAUAGCUAUCGAACAGGCAACGAUCGAGCAGUUGGAGGGUGAUGGAGGCAUGGAUGAUUUGGAGACAGCUGCUGCGUUAAUGACGGAGUUACAUCAUGCCGCAGCGGCAGCUAUUGUGGAUCAUGAACAGGAAAUGCUGUUGCAAGAAAAAUCCAGACGCUCGAUGUCCUCGAAUCCUGAGUCUGUAUUCGAUCCCAAUGUGUCUUACGCGUCUGGUGCGAUUCCCGUACAAAACAUGUCCACUUGGGACCCACCAACGCCUUCUUCUACGGCAGGCCCUGAACCACCCAGAAGCCACUACAUGUCCCACUCACAGUCCUCUCAGGACUCUUUUGUGUCCUGGGGUUCAAACAGUUUGCAGAUACCCUCAUCGGCCAGUAGCGUCAUGGAACGGUCGCUUUCAGCUGAUCCCGGACAUAGUGCGACUGUGACCCCGACAUCAUACGCCUCGCCUCAUCCAUUGUUCACUGGCCCCCCUUCCCCUGCAAACCAUAGUGGGCCCAGUGCUUCACAGGCAGCCCCUCCACCAGCCCCGCCAUCAGUAGAUAGCGAUCAUGAACGCAAUAUGGUUCUAGAUAACAUUCGUGAAAUCGAUGUUGAACGAGCUGUUCUAGACAAAUUCCGCUUGCCUAGUAGAAGUGGUUUGAAUAGAUAUCUAGCUGCGUACUUUAAUCUUUUUCACCACCAUCUUCCGUUCCUGCAUACAGGAUCAUUUAGCCCUUCCACGUUAGCCCCGCCUUUGUUGUUGGCUGUGUUGUCCAUCGGAGCAUUGUAUACCUUUGAAAAGGAGCAAGCUUACACUCUCCAUAUGUCGUCCAAGGUUCUCGUGAAUAAUUUCAUUGCUCGCCAUCACGAAUUCAACUCGCGUAAUUGCCCGUUAUGGACCACCCAAACUCUGUUGCUCAAUAUGGUCUUUGCCAGUUGGAGUGGCGAUCCAAAAGGUUUGGAUUGGGCUUGCUCCAUGAGGGACUUGCUCGCUAAUAUCGUUGCUGGUGGCCGAUACGAACUGCAAGUCCGAAUGGACCAGCGUGGGGAUGAGAUGCCUACUCGUGAGGAAUGGAUCUUCGAAGAGGGCAGCAAGCGAACAUAUUACGCCAUCUACAUCUUCUUUGGUCUCCUGACUUUGACAUACAACCACAUACCAGCUAUCACCUAUCACGAGUUUGACACACUUUCUCUCCCCUGUUCCGAGACCUUGUGGAAUCUCGAUGGCUCCGAUGAUCAGAUCUGGAGAGAGCACCUAUCCAAUGCUUCCAUGCCCACCUUCAAUGAGGCACACACCCGUCUUAUCAACGGUGACAUUCCUCAAUACAGUGUAUUCGCGGCUCGUGUUAUCAUUAGUGCUCUGUUCCUCGAUGUGUUGGGACUUAAACGUGAUACAGAGAUUGUCGAUAGUGUUGUCUCCGAGUAUCGUGAGAAACUCAGUGUCGCGCUAGAAACCUGGCACAGAGCCCUGGAGUACUGCACGCCGGAGACAAUGAUCGUUUCUCUCACAGCCCCUCAGAAAGGACAUCCUUUGGUGUUCAACAGCAUGGCCAUUUACCGCUGCGCCAUGGCAAGACUCGAGGUGGACCUUGUUUCUAUCCAGGAGACUCUUCGCUACCAUAUUCCUGAGGAUGUCGCCUCCGUCAUGACAUCUGCGUCGGGGUUAAUUCCUCGAUCGGAACCCAUGACGAAGGUCAUUCAGCAGUGCUUUGAAUGUUUUCAAAUCCCCGCGUUGAUGGGAAUCCGCUGGGUCGCGAGAACUUUUGCACUGAACUGGAGUGUAGAGCACCCGCUCUGCGGCUUUGAGCUGAUGUUGAUUCUCAGUCUCUGGCUGUACCGGCUCGAAGAGGAGAUGGAAACUGACCCGCCUACCGAGGAGGAAGAGGCUAUGUUGACCAAAGUCCGAAAUCUUUUUGAUGACGAUUCUGUGGAGUUGUAUGGAUCCAGACUCAGUGCUGCAGUUGCUAUGGUCUGGGGGGGCAUGAUCGACGAAGUUGUUGUUUGGGGAAUCACGAAACUACUCGGCGAAUCGUUUAAAUUGCAUUCGCAUACUCUUGCGCUCAGCGAUGAUAUCGGAAUGACUUCGUCCUCAUCACCGUCCCCAUCUGCCACCCCCGAGGCAGAAGAUUUGGACAGCGAGAUGGAAUAAAUCCGCUCACUUCUUUUGAGAGGAGGGAGAAGAAUUGAACCAUGAAACCAUGCGGAUGAUUAAUCACACCUUUAUUUAUGACCGUUACGAAAUCUUUUUCCUUUACACCCCUUUUUCAUCUUCCCCCCUAUUUCAUUCCUAGUACCUUUUUGUUUGCCAAGAUUAUUUUAUUAACCCCUUCCGUGAUUCCCCAUUUCUUUUUUACCAAAAAAAAAUUUUCGUAUUGUCUUUACAUUAAAAAACCAUACCCGGCUCUUGUGAAUAGUUUUUGUUCUACGUUUGCACUUUUUGCACUUUGCUUUUACCUCACAUCUCUGUUAAAUGGCGUCUCUGGCUCGGUUCUGUCUGUCUAUGGUUUUCAGCAUGGAUUGAGCGUUUAGUUUAAUAACCUUUCCUUCUCCUUUCAAGUUAUAUCGGUCGGUUUUCUGAACAAAAGGUUUAUUUACUCAGUUUUAUUUGCUUGCUUGCUUAACCCUCUUACACUCUUCAAAACAACAGAUAGGGCUCUUUAUUAUAUCCAGCUAUUUAUUUGUUUGUCUGAUUUUUCCCUUUUGAGUUUUUCCUGUUUGAGUUUACACGCGAAAGAUUGGCUGGGGGGUUUAGUUUAUUUGUUGUGUUCUUUUUUUUUUUGGAAAUUUGGUCGUUUGAUUUUGAUCAUACUUGGCCAUCGAAUUCCGGAUUCGGACACGAUGGAAUGGAAACACUUUUUCUCUAU